AAGCGUCUCUCUGAUCCAUUCCUUUCAUAGUCAUACUCUCUUUUGUCCCGUCUUUUCAGUCUCUGCCUUUUCAUUUCCUUUCUCUCCAUCUUACCUCCGUUGAUUGCUUUUUGCCAAUCGGCGUGAGAUCUUGCUGAUCUGUCGCCGGAACUUUCAUUUAGAUUCCGGCGAUCGCAUCGAUCCUUUUUUUUUUCUUUUAAUCUUUAUGCUACAAUGAAUCCCGAAUAUGACUACCUGUUCAAGCUUCUGCUUAUUGGAGAUUCUGGUGUUGGAAAAUCUUGUCUUCUUUUGAGAUUUGCUGAUGAUUCAUAUGUAGAAAGCUACAUAAGCACCAUUGGGGUUGAUUUUAAAAUACGUACUGUGGAGCAGGAUGGGAAAUCCAUUAAACUUCAAAUUUGGGAUACUGCUGGACAAGAACGGUUUAGGACAAUCACUAGUAGCUACUACCGUGGUGCCCAUGGCAUAAUAAUCGUUUAUGAUGUGACAGACCAAGAAAGCUUCAACAAUGUCAAGCAGUGGCUGAGUGAAAUUGAUCGCUAUGCUAGUGAUAAUGUUAACAAACUACUGGUUGGAAACAAGUGUGAUCUUACAGCUAAUAAAGUUGUGUCAUACGAAACAGCCAAGGCAUUUGCAGAUGAAAUUGGCAUACCUUUUUUGGAAACCAGUGCAAAAGAUGCCACAAAUGUUGAACAAGCUUUCAUGGCCAUGGCUGCCUCUGUCAAGGAUAGAAUGGCAAGCCAACCAACGGCAAACAAUGCAAAGCCUCCAACAGUACAGAUCCGAGGUCAGCCUGUUGCACAGCAGAGUGGCUGCUGCUCUUCCUAAUGUAAAGGUUAAUGAUGUAUUAGGAAGCUAUCUUUCUUAUGCAGUAUGCUGCCUUUCGUGGCAUGUAAGAUUACGUGUUUCUUAACUCCAUAGGUUUAAUGAACUUAUUAUUUCUUCGGACCGACCUCAUUAGAGGAUCUAAUUCAUUUCUGCAUACUUGUUAAUGUGAAGGGCUUGUGCACUGUAUGAUUGUUGGUUAAAUAAUAGGUGUUCUUUCUCAAA